GAGAAGAUCAGAUGUCACUAUAACAUGAAGGGGUGAGGCUGUUGGACAGUGCCUGCUGCUGGUCCUGUCCACAAGGAGCCCCCAGCCUUUCUCAGACUCAACUACAGAUACAACCCACCGCCACUAUGUCUGACGAGGAAACUGAACAAGUUGAGGAACAAUACGAAGAGGAAGAGGAGGCCCAAGAGGAAGCCCCCGAACCAGAGGAAGUCCAAGAAGAUGCUGUCGCCGAGGAGGAGCGGGAGGAGGACGAGGAAGAGGAGAAACCAAGACCCAAACUUACUGCUCCUAAGAUCCCGGAAGGGGAGAAAGUAGACUUUGAUGACAUCCAGAAGAAGCGUCAAAACAAGGACCUCAUGGAGCUCCAAGCCCUCAUUGACAGCCACUUUGAAGCUAGAAAGAAAGAAGAAGAGGAGCUAAUCGCACUUAAAGAAAGAAUUGAGAAGCGCCGUGCAGAGAGGGCUGAGCAGCAAAGAAUUCGCGCUGAGAAGGAGCGGGAACGCCAGAACAGAUUGGCGGAGGAGAAGGCCAGAAGAGAGGAGGAGGAUGCCAAGAGGAGAGCUGAAGAUGACAUGAAGAAGAAAAAGGCUCUGUCCUCCAUGGGUGCCAACUACAGCAGCUACCUGGCCAAGGCUGACCAGAAGAGAGGCAAGAAACAGACAGCCCGGGAAAUGAAAAAGAAGAUUCUUGCCGAAAGGCGCAAGCCUCUGAACAUUGACCAUCUUAGCGAUGACAAGCUGAGGGACAAGGCCAAGGAACUCUGGGAUACCUUGUACCAACUGGAGACUGACAAAUUCGAGUUUGGGGAGAAGCUGAAACGUCAGAAAUAUGAUAUCACCACCCUCAGGAGCCGCAUUGACCAAGCCCAGAAGCACAGCAAGAAGGCCGGUGCCACAGCCAAGGGCAAAGUCGGUGGGCGCUGGAAGUAAAAGAGCAGAGAGGUGCACUGCAGCAGAGACCAUCAACCCUGACUCCUGCCAGGGCCCCUUAUUCCAGCUCUGCACUCUCCAGCCUUCACGCCCAGGCAUCUUUGGGAACUCAGGACCCACCCUGCUGCAAUGCCCUCACCUUCUGGGGUCUAGGAAUAAAGUUAUCAGACUCCCCUCUA